UCGUACGACUGUUGGCUAUCUUGUAAGUUUGGAAUGAAGGUAUUUGGUAGGGGUACUGCAGCUGAUUGUCAAUUUUUGAAAUUUUACGUGCUGUGAUGAAUGGUGAUGGAAUGCAUUUUGUUUAUACAUUGAUAUAUAUAUACUUUAAUCGUCAGAACCACUAAUCCCACCCACACUUCGUCGUGAGAUCGAUUCAGUGCACAAUAUCCACGCUAAUGCUAACCUAAAAUUUGCAAGGCAGUCCCGUAAGAUAAUAUGGCGUUUCUGGAGUGGAGGCGCUUCAAUUUCUUUGAGCUGAACAAGGACGUGGACUCUGGGAAAAUUUCUGAAACACUUAAAGAUGCUAAGGUUAGUGUUGCUACAAGUGGGCAUGGUCACCUGGUUUUUGGAGAUACAGAAGGAAACAUACACCUUGUCAGUCGUUUGUUUAAAGUCACAACAUUUCGGGCUUAUGAACUGAAUGUGAUGUUAGCUGAACAAUUAUGCCACAUUGCUCUACUUGUUACUAUUGGGGAAGAUGAACCUGGAUUAAAUCCUGUUGUCAAGGUAUGGAACUUGGACAAAUUGGACAAGCACAGUCAUCCGAUGUGCGUUCGUAUCUCUCGUGCCAUUCCAAACAACAAGCCAACUCCUGCUACAGCUCUGUCUGUUCACGACAAUGUCAACCUCAUGGCUGUGGGUUUUGGUGAUGGCUCCAUUUUGCUGUAUAGAGGCGAUAUUACAAGAGAACGCACCAAUAAGCAGAAAGUAUUGAAAGAUGGAAACUCCCCUAUCACAGGACUGGCAUUCCAAACAACAGCAAAACUGACUUAUUUGUUUGUAGCUACAAUGAAUAAUGUGCAUUUAUAUAAUGUCACUGUGAAGGAUAAAGAACAAAAGAUCCACUUGGAUGGAAUGGGCUGCAUGAGGCGCUGCUCAGUGCUGGCUGAAUCAGUGCAGGACAGCCACUUCAUGAUAGGGAGAAAUGAUGCAGUGUACUGUUAUACACCAGAUGGACGUGGACCAUGCUAUGCUGUGGAGGGAGAGAAAAUAAUGCUACAGUGGUUCCGAAGCUAUCUUGUUAUUAUUGCCAAAGACACCAAGACUGUCAGUCGUACCACUACUACUGCCUCGGUCUCAUCAGCAAAUGAAGGAGCUCUGGAGAAGCACAUGGUGACAGUUCUGGACAUUCAGAACAAGUUCAUUGUCUUCUCUGCUCCAAUGCGUGAGGUGCAGGCUGUGCUCACAGAGUGGGGGUCCUUCUAUGUGCUAGGAGGAGACAAGAAGCUCUACCACCUACAAGAGAAGGAUUUGCAGUCAAAGUUGGCACUACUGUUUAAGAAGAACCUUUAUGAUGUAUCCAUAAGGAUUGCAAAGAGUCAGCAGUAUGAUUCUGAGGGACUGGUUGAUAUCUUUCGGCAAUAUGGUGACCAUCUCUAUACAAAAGGUGACCAUAAUGCAGCCAUAGAACAGUAUAUCAAGACAAUAGGGAAGCUGGAACCUUCAUAUGUUAUAAGAAAGUUUUUAGAUUCACAGCAUAUAGACAAGCUUACAAUGUACCUACAAGCAUUGCACAAGCAAGGUUUGGCAACGGAGGACCAUACAACACUGCUGCUCAACUGUUACACCAAGUUAAACAAUACUGAGAAACUGAAGGAGUUUAUCAUGACAAAAGAUCGUGAAGUGGACUUUGAUGUUGAAAUUGCCAUCAAAGUUUGUCGCCAGGCCUCACCAGAGGAUGCGCUGUUGCUUGCCAAGAAACAUGGAAUGCAUGACUGGUACCUUAAAAUACAGCUUGAAGACCAGGCUAAGUACAGGGAGGCACUAGAAUAUAUCAGCAGCCUGGAAUUUGAAGAUGCUGAGUCCAACAUGAAGAAGUACGGCAAUAUCCUGCUGCAGAAUGCUCCUGAAGAAUCUACACACUUCCUGAAGAAACUCUGCACAGACUACAAGCCCAGCAACAAACCACUCGUGGACCAGAACAUGCUAGACGGAUCAAAGAUUCCACAUGUGGAACGAGCAAAUCCAGAAGAUUUCAUUCACUUGUUUCUCAACAGUUCAGAGAGAUUAGUAGAGUUCCUAGAGCAUCUAGUCAAGGUUCAACCCAAGUGGAGUACUCUGGUGUACAACACACUUAUUGAACAUUAUCUACACGUGUGGUCAUCACUUACUGACCCAGCAAGUAAGACACAGUGUGAACAGAAGAUUGUGCGUCUCUUGCAGAACCCAGAAGCAAAUUAUGACAAUGAUCAGACUCUCAUUCUCUGCCAAAUCCACAACUUUAAGAGUGGCAUUCUGUACCUGUAUGAGGAAAGCAAAUUGUACCAGCAAAUAGUGCAGUAUCAUAUCAGACAAGAGGACCAUAAGGCAGUUCUGGCGAGCUGUCGUCGGUUUGGCCACCAAGAUCCCAGCCUCUGGGUACAAGCACUUUGGUCCUGUGCCAAGGAUCCCAACAUGCCUAGCUCACUUUUAUCUGAGAUCCUUGGUGUGAUAGAGAAGGAGCGUUUGUUAUCACCAUUGCUGGUGGUGGAUGCCCUGUCUAACUCAUCAACAGCUACACUGGGAGAAGUGCGUGGUUACCUGAUUAGUGUUCUACAGUCAGAAAGUGAGCUGACAGAACAGGAACAGCAGUUGAUCGAUAAGUAUCGGAUGGAAACUGAGCGGAUCCGAUCUCAGAUUAAUGCCAUUCAGACCAGAACAGUGAUAUUCCAAGGGUCCAGGUGUAAUGCUUGCAACCACCAGCUGGAGCUGCCUUCUAUCCACUUUCUGUGCCAACAUUCCUUCCAUCAGCAUUGCUUCCAGAGCUAUGCUGAGAAUGAAAAUGAAUGUCCUGCAUGUCUCCCAAAUAAUAAAAAGAUAUUGGAUAUUAUCAAGUCACAGGAACAAAGUCGAGAGUUGCAUGAAACAUUUCACAGCCAGUUGGAACGAGCUGAGGAUGGCUUCUCAUUGGUGGCAGAUUACUUUGGACGUGGAGUCUUCAACAAGCUGACUGUCAUUACUGAUUCUCCAGAGAAAACAAAUAUAAGAUCAUCUAAACCCACAAAUGGCAGCUCGUUGUCAUAUGGUCCUGGAGCUGAGGCACGCCUUAGGCUAGGAGAGGGACAGGUGUUACAUACUUCUGUUGAUAGUCAUGCAGUUCGAGGGGAUCGAAGAAAUGUUGGUGCAAUCAUUGUGCCUUCAGAGGGCAGGAUGAGGUUUUAACAUUCAGACCAGUACAGCUCUUCUCUUGAAGCAAACCUGACCAGGAGUCUGGUUGAACCUUCCUCUCGAACAUCACCAAUACCUACAAGAAGUUCCCCUGCCCAUGGCUCCCCUGCCAGAGGCUCACCAGUCCCUGUUCAAAGUGUGCAGCCUCCCAUUAACAAAACCUUGACCCCUCACCACUCACCAUCUUCCAGGGCCACUCUCUUGCCCAAGCCACGAACUGGGCCUUCCAAAAAUCCAUUUCAUGAAGAUGACUAUGACGAAAGCAAAAAUCCAUUUGCUGGUGAAGAAUCCAUGAAUCCAUUCAGUGGAGAUGAUGAUGAUGAUUAUGAUAAGAACUUGAAUCCGUUUGCAACGUGAUUGGUUUAUUUAUUCUAGUCAUAUGUAUAUUUGUAAUGUUACUACAGCAGUAGUCAGGGGCCAUAGCAGCAAUGUCUGCUGUAAUAGGUAUACCAAAUUCCCUGCCACUGAUGGAAUGCCAAAGGAGGCAGCAGAAUAUGCAUCUGAUUAUCUCAUCCGAGUAUGUGCAGUUCAUGCCUUCCUGCUCUGUGGCUAAAAGCCAUAGGCAUUCCUUUUGCAUAAAGAUUGCUUUUUUACAAAUACAUCAAUUCAUUGAAUAUUUGUCUAGCCCCAGGCCUCACAAACAGUUGAAUUUACAAAUUUUGAAUGUGUACCAUAGUAAAAAGUCUUCAGUCUUGCUUUUGACAGACUUAGCUGAGGCAUGUUGCAUGAAGUGAAUGUAUUUUUAAUUGUUUUUUCUAUUAUGAAUAGAGAAUGGUUUAGUGUUGAAAAGAGAGAUUAUGAGGUCACAUUAAGUUAAUUAGUCAUAGUCUGGUGGUGUUAUUGUGGUGUCUAACUGUAAUACAUGACAAGAAUUCAUCAGCACAUAGAGAUGAAAUAUGUACACAGAUCGGUUCACCUAAAGGACUGAGUCUACAUUACUAUCACAGUAUCAUUUAAUAUGUAACUGUUGGAGACUAUAUUAUCUCUUCAGUCUGCUUGUAUUAAGCUGCAGCACAAGAAAAUAUAUGUAAAAUCAUAUUGUGCCGUAAAAUGAGAAACUGAUUAUUUCUGGUGUUAUAGCAUACAGUGAAUUACCAGAAGUCAUUGUCAUGUCAUGGGCUGUCACAAAUUUUAAAAAAGCAAAUAUGUAACAGUACUAUAAAUGCUUACUUACAAGAUGAACAUUACUUUUAUUUACACACACACACACACCUACAUACAUAUAUAAACACUAGCUAUGUAUUUCAUGUAUAUUUAGUUUCAUUAUAUUAAUUCCCUUCACCUUCAGGCAAAUUCUUCAAUGCAAUAUUUCAUUGCAUAAUUUAGGCAUCUUUAUUUUUAACCCACACAACGAUGACCUCUUGAGGUCAAACCGCGUUUGGCACUAAGUGUCUUUUCAAGUCUAAGAGUUUUGUUUGAAUGCAUGAUUUUAUUUAUUCUGUUUAGAUUAAUUUCUUACCUGAAACUGUGGGUAUUGUUUUGUGCUGCUUGAAGCAUUUUUGAAACUAUGUUCUCAAACAAUGUAUUUUACUUAAAUUAUGAGAUUUACACAAGGUGUGUAAGUUCUUACGUAAUUAUGACAAAAUGGCAUUGUUGUAAUUAUAUAAUAUAGUAAACAACAUUGGGAGCUGUAAGUGUGGCAGACAUAUGGCAUGUUAUAUGUUCAAUUUCAAUAUCUUUUGUUUUCAAAUAACAUAUCAUUAACAGUGUACCCACAUAUUAUAAUGUAUAUUGCUUAUUAAUUAAAUCCUUAGCAUUAUUUCAAAAA